CGUCACUUGGCGGGCGGAGAAAAGGCCCGAAAGGCUGGCCCCCUCCCUCCUCCUCCUCCUCCUCGUUGGGUCCCCUCUUGUUGGGUCGCCUCUCCUUCUGUCUCUGCGUCAGAGGAAGGACGGCGCGGCUGGCGGGCCCUUUCCAUCUUUCCUUCCUUCCCCGUCUCUGCUUCCUCCCUUCUCCGUCUCCGAGGGGCAGCGAUGCAAAGCGGGCGCGCCCCUCCGGCCCUGAGCGUCACGGCGGAGAGCAGCCUCCCGGCCGGACUGCGUCUCGGUCCCCUCUCCGGCGCUUUCAAAUUGGGCAAGUACCUGUCCGAUCGCAGGGAGCCCGGACCCAAGAAAAAGGUGCGGAUGGUGCGUGGGGAGCUGGUGGACGAAGCCGGGGAGCCCGCGGCGGAGUGGAUAGGGCUCAUCCGGGCGGCCAGGCACGCGCAGGAGCAGACCUUGGAAGCCGUGGCGGACUUGCCGGGCGGACAGAUUUUCUACCGGGCGCUGCGGGAUGUCCAACCGGGGGAGGAGCUCACCGUGUGGUACUCCAACUCCUUGGCCCAGUGGUUUGACAUGCCCACCACGGCGACUCCCACCCACGACGAGAAAGGCGAGGAGCGCUACAUCUGCUGGUACUGCUGGCGGACCUUCAAGUUCCCCAACAGCCUGAAGGCCCACGUCCACUUCCACUGCGCCCUCCACGGCGGGCGAGGCUUCCUGGGCCCCCCGGAGCCGCCUCGCCCCGCCGAGGUCUUCAGCCUGGCCGCCCUGAAGCCCGGAGCCCCGCCGGCGCCCCUGAGGCCCCCCGUCCCCCCAGUAGGGGCAGGAGGAGGAGGAGGAGGAGGAACAGGAGGAGGCGCAGCAGGCGUCAAGCGAGAGCCCUGCCCGGCCUCGGCCUCGCCCUCCUUCGCCAAGGGGCGCAGCAAGGCGGCCAAGGAGGAGCAGGAGCGCGCCUUGGACAUGAGCCUCGGCUCCGGGAGGCACUUUCUGGGCGGCAACGGCCUGUCUUUCUACCCGGGAGGGGCUCGCUCGGCUUUUAAGCCCGCCGGCUUGGCCAAAGUGUCUCAAGCGGAGGAAGCCAAAAGCCACGGAGGAGGAGGAGGCGGUGGUGGCUUCAGCAAACUCUUGGGCGGCCUCAAGCCGGGAAGGGCGGGCCACGAAGGGCCGCUGGGGCUGGGCGGAGGUGCCCACUUGCACCCGCACGGGCCCCCGCCCCCCUCCCACGCCAAGUGUCACGCGGGGAGUGCGGGGCCCUCGCUCUCGGCGGCAGGGCUGGCCUACCCGGGGGGCUUCCCGCUCCUGCCCCACUUCGAGGAGACUUCGGCCUUCAAGCACGUCGAGCGGGGCCUCCACGCCCGCCUCUCGCCCCCCGCCGCUCGGUACGGUCCUCUCCCCACUGGGGGAGGCGGAGGGGCGUCGGGGCUGCACUUGGAGCGCUUCGCCGCCUUGCCGCCCUUCGAAACCGGCGGUCUGAAGCCCUACUCCUCCUCCUCCGCCGCUGUCGCCGCUUCUGGGGACUGCGCUUUGCCUCCCUUCCUGCCUUUCACCGUCUACAACGGCGAGCUGCUCUACGGCGGGCCCUACUACCCGCUCAAGCUCCACUUCGGCCACCUCCUCAAGUACCCGGACUCGGUCUCCUAUUUCAACGGGGCGGCGGCGGCUGCUGCGGCGGCUGCGGCAGCUGCUGCGGCGGCGGGGCUGAGCCCCUCGGAGCUGGGCCUCGACCGAGAGCUGGCCCUCCACACGCAGCAGCUGUCGGAGAUGGCGGGCGAGAAGAGCCGGGCCCGCUUGGCGGAGGGCCUGCCGCCGUCCUCGGGCCCACCCUCCUCAGGCGUGGGCGGCAAAGCCAAGACGGGCCACCUGUGCCUCUACUGCGGGAAGCUCUACUCGCGCAAGUACGGCCUCAAGAUCCACAUGCGGACGCACACGGGCUACAAGCCGCUCAAGUGCAAGGUCUGCCUGCGGCCCUUCGGCGACCCCAGCAACCUCAACAAGCACAUCCGGCUCCACGCCGAGGGCAACACGCCCUACCGGUGCGAGUUCUGCGGGAAGGUGCUGGUCCGGCGCCGGGACCUGGAGAGGCACGUCAAGUCCCGCCACCCGGGACAGAGCCUGCCCAAAGGGGCCCACGGGGGAGGGGGCGAGGGCGAGGGAGGGGCCGAGGGCGAGGACAGGGCACCCGGCUACGGGCGGCCCCUUCCGCCCCCGGAGCCCAAGACCGACGACAACGAGAGCGACGUCGACGUCUGCUUCACGGACGACCAGAGCGACCAGGACACGGGCGGAAGCAGCAGCGGGGGCGGCAAAGAGCAGCCCUGAGGGCCGGCCUCGGUCUUUCCCUCCCUCCGUCUCCAUAUCAACUUCUUGCAAAGGAACCUUGGGUUGAAGUCCUGUUCAAACCACCUCCGAAUAUUUAUGAAUAUUUUGCUGCCCCCCCCCCCCCCAAUCGAUAGGCACAUCUAUUUGCUAGGACAGUGGUUCUCAACCUGUGGGUCCCCAGGUGAUUUGGCCUACAACUCCCAAAAAUCCCAGCCAGUUUACCAGCUGUUAGGAUUUCUGGGAGAUGUAGGCCAAAACAUCUGGGGACCCACAAGUUGAGAACCACUGUGCUAGGGGAUGACAUUCAGGUCCUGAAAUGGCUUGGGAAAAUGACCCUCUAAGGACCGACUUCUCUUAAGGUUGAUAUUUACACCAGACAUGGGCAAACUUGGGCCCUCCAAGUGUUUUGGACUUCAACUCUGUGAGGGAAUCUGAACUGUUGGGUUCUAAAUAACCCUCAGUUGGGGUGAUUCCACCAUUAUAGAGUCAUAGAAUCAUAGAGUUGGAAGAGACCUCAGGGACCAUCCAGGAAACCCCCUGCCAAAAAGCAGGAAAAUUGCAUUCAAAGAAUCCCCGACAGUUGGCCAUUCAGCCUCUGUUUAAAAGCUUCCAAAGAAGGAGCCUCCACCACACUCCUGGGCAGAGAGUGCCACUGCUGAACGGCUCUCACAGUCAGGAAGUUUUUUCUCAUGUUCAGAUGGAAUCUCCUUUCCUGUAGUUUGAAGCCAUUGUUCUGCAUCCUAGUCUCCAGGGCAGCAGAAAACAAGAUUGCUCCCUCUUCCCUAUCACUUAGCAGAGUCAGAAGCAGCCUUCAUAACCAGCAGAAACUUAAGUGUGGUGAGCCAGGAUCAGCUUCCAUUCAAGAGACUGGCAGAGUCACAACUUUAGGUUCAAAAUAUUUAUUAAAGUAAAAAGAAAUCCAUUCUAGAUACAGAAGGUGUUAGAGCUAACUAGCUUAAAUGAUAAAAAGUCAAAAUAUCCAUGCAGUUGUAUUUUGCCUGGAGAGAGGCAAAAUGCGCCCUCACUAGAAGAAAGGAAAAGGCAGAGAGAGCCAACAAAGGAGGAUGACCACAUGGCCAAACUCAGGGCGAUGAAAAUACCUUUAAAGAGGAAGUUACCUCAUACCUCACAGAGAUUCCAUUUCUACAUCUAGUCUAGCUACUCAUUGAGGACUGGAGACUUGAUGACACAAGAGACUUGUGCAGUCCAGGGAUGAAACACAACAAACUCCCACAAUUCCUAACAGCCUCAGGCCCCUUCCUUUUCUCCCUCAGCCGCUUAAGCGGAAAGGAAAGGGCCUGAGGCAAUUAGGAGUGGUGGGAGCUGAAGUCCAAAACACCUAGAGUGCCAGAGUUUGCUCAUGCCUGAUCUACACUGAUCACUUAGGAUGAUCUGCAAUUGAACCAGCCCCGUGAGUUAAGCAAAGCUGAGGAAAAGGCUGGAUCCUGGAUCAGUUUAAAGACCAACUUUGCAUCAAAGUUAGGGUGGAAUUUUUCAGAACACCUGCUUAAAAUCAUCUCCUAAGAUACAUGAUUAUUUUAUUCACCUGCCUCCAACUCCAUGGCUUCAGACGGAUGGAUGUUUAUUUGGGAAUUCACAAAUCAAUGAAACUCAAAAAGUGUCUAUCUCUGUCCCCUAUCUGUGUUUGCUCGAAAGUAAUAUAUGCUGAAGUUUUCAAAACAUAUGUUAAAUCCAUCUCCUCAUAUUUAUGAUGAUUCAUCUGCUCUCAGCUCCAGAGAGGCACUUCCCUGGGACUUGAACAGUGCGCCCCUCGCCAUCUUGCUCGGAAACAAGGGUUGAAGUUUGCCAAACAUAUUACUACCCUCUUCUACUAUUUAUGUUUAUGCUCCUAUCUCUAAUUGCACACUCCAGAUUGGAAAUAGUUUUGAUACCACUUGAACUGCCAUGGUUCCAUGCUAAGGAAUCCUGGGAAACUAAAGCUUGGGGAGAGGCAACAACACUCUUUGGCAGAGAAGGCAAAAGACCUUCUCAAACCAGCACUCCUGUGAUUCCAUAGCACUGAGUCGUGGCACUUCAAGCGCUCUCAAACGGCAUUGAUUUCUACAGUUUUGAUCAGUCAUGGGCAAAGAUGGGCCCUCCAGGUGUUGUGGACUUCAACUCAAUUCCUAAUAGCCUCAGGCCCCUUCCCUCUUUUCCUUUCCUUUCCUUUCCUUUCCUUUCCUUUCCUUUCCCCUUUCCCCUUUCCCCUUUCCCCUUUCCC